UCAUAAUUAUUUUAGAAAUAUUGAAUUAAACCUCUAAAAUAAUAAAAAAAGAAAUUUGUGAUUAAUUUUACUACAGAUUAUUUUAUUUGUUUUAAACCAAGACCUUUUAAAAUAGAAAUGUGAGAUAAAUAAGUGACUGAAAUCGUAAUAUCCGGCCUAACAAUAUGGCCGCCAGUUGUUUAGAGUAAUGUGGCGUUCGACAAACCAGAGUGAAAUUGUUAAAAUAAUAAAUAGUAAUGUAAACAUGUAUAAAGUUUUCAGUGUUUUAUAGCAGUGUUACAUGAAAAAAAAACCUUGGAUUGCCUUUGUUGGUGCAAAAAAUUAUAAAGUGUAAAAAAUUGAACAGUCAACAAACUUUUGUUUAUUUCAUUCAAGUGGAGAAACUUAAUUUUCACGAAGUGUAAAUGAUUAUGUACCAUCCAUACGGUUACUAGAAUAAUAAUUAAGGACUGUCGUUAACACAUUAGGAUUUGGUGCACAAAGUAUACAUCAAGGAAAUGAUUAGUAAUCCUGGACGCUUCAAUAAGUUAAAGUUGGAGUAAAAUCAAAAUUUUUCAGUGCAAUGGUAUGGCAAACUUGAAUUAUCAACAAGCUCCUAGAAGCCUCGUUAGCGGAGGCGUUGGUGGGCGCGUAGGUUCAGGUUUAGUUAGUGGUGUCUCUGGCCAUGUGACCCCAACAUUUGGUGGUCCGCUGUCUCCUGGCCGAGGCAGUGGGACAGCAAUGCCAGGUGGUGCACCACCGUCUAUGGCAUCAAGGUCAACACUGUUCGGACAGCGAGCUUUUGCUGAUAGGAGAGUGCCAAUGCCAACACCACUCUCACAAGCAAAUUCUAAUUCAAUGUCGAGUAUGGCAAGCCUUCCCCGGUUCAAUAGCAGCAACUACCACUCGGUGUUUGGUGAAGGCGGUGACACGUCAACGCCGCCGCUGCUGGAUCUCAGCGAGUUUCCAUCGCUAACAGCCCGAGGGGCAGGAGACCAGGCGCCAGCUGCGGCGCCACCACCGCCUGGCUCUAAACCCUACGAAUCCGACCUUACCCGUACUUCACAGCAAGCAACCCGUGAACAUGUGAAAUUGUUGGGUAUGGUUAAGCAGCCAACGGCAGAACAGUCUGAAUUCACGAUGUCGUCGGAAGACUUCCCCGCGUUGCCGGGCACCUCGAGUGCGGGUGGCGCAGCGCCUGUCGUCCCGCCUCCUGACCUUAUUCAUCCAGAUACGAAGCCCCCGAGGAAGGGUAUUCAGACGUCGCCCGAAGGAUCGCUGACGAAAAAUGAUAUUAACCUUUUCUGCCCUAAAGUUGUCAAUCAAGGAGCACAUUCGGAAUUUUAUGGUAAAGUUACGAAUAUACCAGAUACGAUGAUACCUAACCAAUAUGGAAUUGUGGGGCUAUUAACCUUUAUACGGGCGGCGGAAUCGGACCCCAGUCUCGUAUCGCUAGCACUAGGACAGGAUUUGACUGCGUUGGGACUCAAUCUCAACUCACCCGAUAACCUUUACUUAACGUUCGCUGGUCCGUGGGCGGAUACGCCCUGUAGACCCCAAGACAUGGACUACCACGUCCCGCCCGAGUACUUGAUAAACGGCUCAAUUAGAGAAAAACUAGCGCCUCUAAGACUCAAUCGAUAUAAGGAGGACUUACUUUUCUAUCUAUUUUACUGUUUCGUCGGUGAUGUACUGCAAAUUGCUGCCGCUGCGGAGUUAUAUAACCGCGAGUGGCGGUAUCACAUGGAGGAAAAAGUGUGGAUCUCUCAGGCACCAGGUAUGCCCAUGGUCGAGAAGACGUCCACUUACGAGCGCGGCACCUACUACUUCUUUGACGCGCAUAAUUGGCGCAAGGUGGCGAAAGAAUUUCACCUGGAUUACAGCAAGUUGGAAGGUCGGCCGCAGCUGCCGCCGCACGCGCUCACGUAGCGACCCGCGCCACGCACUUACUACGUAGUUUUGUUAUAUAAAAAGUACAAGUUA